AGUAAUAUACAACACAACGCAUCUAGCGAUUCUCAAGCUCUAAACUGUUCUUCACUCUCUCUCUCUCUCUAACCGAUUUGAUGAUGAAGGAGUGAAAGAGAUGGGGAAGAGAAGAGAUCAUCAGAGAGACCUGAAAUCUCAGACGCUGCCAUCGUCGCCGGCGCACUCAUUUUCUUCAUCCUCGUCGUCGGAUUUUGAAUUCACGAUCUCGCUAUCGCCGCACAAGGCAUCGUCCGCCCUCUGCCCCGCCGACGAGCUCUUCUACAAGGGGCAGCUCCUCCCGCUCCACCUCUCACCCCGCCUCUCCAUGGUCCGGACUCUCAUACUCGCCUCCUCGUCGUCGUCCUCUUCCGACUCCGCCACCACCGCCUCCCGCGACUCCACCGGCAGCUCCAACGACUCUCACUCCUCCUUCAACACCGACCUAUCCUCCCUCGCCGAGUGCGACUCCUCCCGCCCCAGCUCCGUCGCCGAGGACGACGACUUCAAGCGCAUCGCCGCCGCCAACAACCGCGACUUGAACCACGCGAUUAAGAAGAGCAAUAAGUAUUUCUCCUUGGCCAGGUUCUCCUCCGUUUUCAAGAAGGAUACCAAGACCCGGGAACCCGAACCCGGGUCCGGAUCAUCCGUCAAACGGACGAGCGCAACCGCGAAGGAGGUAAUUCGGAAGUACUUGAAAAAAGUGAAACCGUUGUACGAAAAGUUCUCUCAAAAGCAACAGCAGAAAUUGGGCGGAGGAACGACGCCGUUUCCGACGCUGACCUCGCGUGGCGCGCUCCCCCUGCCCGUGACCUGCACGGGAAGAUCCGUGAAAUUCGACGGGGAAGCGCAGGUCCCGAACGCGAAGAAGGAAACCAUCCCUAGCGGAUUUUCCCACUCUUUUUCAGGAAACUUGAGGUAUCCGCAAAGGAGAAGCUGCGUGUCGAGCUGCCCGUCGUCGAUUCGUUCGUCGCCGAGUCACUCCGGCGUCCUCUCUCGGUCCGGCAUAACCGGUACGAAUAGAACACCCGGCAGCAAUUACAAUGCGGACGCCUCUUCAAUGGAGGAGUUGCAGAACGCGAUUCAAGGCGCAAUAGCAUAUUGCAAGAACUCCAUGAUUCAGAAUAAAGCCAUGGUCAGUAACGAGAUUUGAGAUUUGAGAUUUGAGAUUCUGCGUUUAAUUUAAAUGUCCCGUCUCUGUCUCUGUUUUUCCUUUUUGUUCUGUAUUUCAGUCGAGACUGAAACAUGAAACCUUUCUUCUGAUCUGGCACGAAAAUUUUAUAUAAAAGCUUCAUGUUGAUUUAA